GUGUCUUCAUAUUUAUAUUUUUUUGCAUGGCCUGUAUAUUGUUUGUCUUUACAUGUGCUAUUUUGAAUCUUCACAUUUAAAUCUAAUUUUCUCAAUUUGAGCGCAGCAACAAGCACUGAAUUGAUGGGGUUGGAGUGCUGGACAAAAAAAAAAAAAUACAAAUAAUGCGGUAAAUAGAAAACUACCUAUUGUAAUAAGGCUGUUCUCUUCUAAUUGUGUAUGUUCAUGCUGUACUCACUGAGCGUCGCUAUUCUCUAAGAAAACCCUUUUGAUCAUAGUCUCAGUCGCCAUGACAGAUUUCCUGUAGGAGGAAAGCGCACAAAGGAUCGCGCCAUGACAAGAGCUUCGCUGAGUGUCCUAUUCGUUUCUCUGACCAUUUCAUGACCGCGAGGAGUACAAAUAUCUCAAACGCUGCAAAAUGGAGGGAUGCGUAAAGUCACAGUUUUGGAGGUAUGUAACGGUCUUUCUGUUUUUCUCCGCUAUUUUGGACACAGUGUCCUCUGUUACACACUAUUCUAUUCCAGAGGAAAUGGAGGAAGGCUCUGUUGUUGCUAAUUUGGCGUCAGAUUUGGGACUGGAUGUGAAAACACUGAGUAGACGAAAAAUGCGACUGGACAUUAUAUCUAACAAAAAAUAUCUGGAUGUCAAUAAAGAGACAGGAGAGCUCUAUAUAUUAGAAAAGAUGGAUCGAGAGUUCCUCUGCAGUGUUAAAACAUCAACCUGUUUUAUCAAAAUGGAAGUGAUACUCGAAAAUCCUGUUCGAAUAUUUAACAUUGAAAUUGAAAUUGUUGACAUUAACGAUAAUGCUCCCCAGUUUCGGAGAGAUGCGAUCCAUUUGGAUAUAUCAGAAUCUACAGCAGUCGGAGAGAGAUUCUCGCUCAGUAAUGCGGUGGAUCCUGAUAUUGGCUCGAAUUCGAUUAAAGCUUAUUAUUUGAGUGAGAAUGAUCAUUUUGACAUUGAAAUACAAACAGGAAGGGACGGGUCAAAAUUUGUUGAUUUAAUUCUUAAAAAUCCUUUAGACAGAGAAAAACAAGCUUCACAUAAUUUGAUACUCACUGCCGUGGAUGGCGGAGUCCCCGCGCGCUCUGGCACUGCUAGCAUUAUUGUGCGCGUUCUGGACACGAAUGACAACGCCCCUCAGUUCUAUAAGGACAGUUAUAAUAUAAAUCUAACAGAAAACGCACCUAUUGGAAGACUUGUAGUGAAAUUAAACGCGACAGAUAAAGAUGAAGGCUCCAAUUCAGAUAUAAUUUACUCCUAUAGUUUGUAUACCUCAGAGAAAACACAGCAGACAUUCAGUCUGAAUCCUGACAAUGGAGAAAUCAGAGUAAAAGAAAUGAUUAAUUAUGAGGAUUUCAGGAUAUAUCAUAUGGAAAUUAUAGCAACAGAUAAAGGAGUUAAUAGUCUCUCUGGAAAGUGUAAAGUAAAGAUUUUACUCACAGAUAUAAAUGACAAUCAUCCUGAAAUUUCCAUAAAAUCAUUCUCAAGUCCAGUUAAAGAGGAUGUACCUGUUAAUACAGUAAUCGCAGUUGUUAGUGUGAGUGAUAAAGACUCAGGAGAAAAUGGACAGGUAGAUAUUCAUAUUUCUGAUUAUUUACCUUUUACGCUCAAAGAAUCGUCUAUCGACCAUCGCGGAUUCCACUCUGGUCUCCAACGAUGCCUACUGGUACAGUUUAUUUCUAGCAGAGACGAGGAAAGGAAAGCUGGUGGUCAGACAGCCUGUGCCAAAGGGAGCGAGAUACAUCGUGUCCAGUUUACCGAGGAGCACAGGACUGACCGAGACCAGCGACUCAGCUGCAUCUACACUACAGUUCAGCGUAUUUUGGGCAUUCGUAAUUUUCUUUAA